GUCUAGUUUUUAUUGAAUUUAAAAAUUUUUCAUUCAGUCGUGCUACAACAAUAUUAAUGUAUAUGUGUCAAUUAUUAAAAAUUAUGGAAUCAAAAUCAAGUAGUUUAAGUAGCCACACAAGUCGUGUAUAUGAUCAACAGAAAAAUAUCGAUGAAAUUCUUUCACAUCUUGGCCAUGUUGGCUAUUAUCAGAUACAGCUUUAUAUACUUUGUAUAUUGCCAAUGUUUGUGGCUGGAAUGUUGGCAACUUCAUUCAUAUUUACAACGGCAAUACCGGAACAUAGAUGUUCGAUACCUAUUUGUGAACGAUUCAAUACAAAUGAUGAUAAUCAUUGGCCACAUUCCAAAUAUGAAUUAUUCAAUCAAUCAUUCGUGGUGUUUACAACACCGAUGAAAAAAUUGAAUCAACAUUAUGAUGAUUGUCAUAUAUUUGAACAACGGAAUAUCAAUAUUAAUAAAUCACCGAAUUCAACAAUCGAAUGUAAUGAAGAUAUGUUCGAUAAUCAAACAAUAAAAUCAUGUGAACAUUAUGUAUUCAAUCAUCGAUAUUUUCAAUCAACAAUUGUCACUGAAUUUCAGCUUUAUUGUCGACCAGAAUUUGUUCAAUUAAUACAAUCGGUUUAUUUUUUCGGCGUAUUGAUUGGAACCAUUUUGAAUGGAAUUUUAGCCGAUAAAUAUGGCCGCCAAACAAUAAUAAGAAUUUAUAGCCCAUCAACAGUGUUGGUCUUUUUGUUCUCAAUCUUCUCGACAAAUGUCUAUUUUUAUGCAUUCUGUCUAUUUCUUAAAGGAAUGUGUUCAGCAGCUUUGUUUGAAACAUCAUUUACACUUAGUCUAGAAUGUUUAGGUGGUAAAUGGCGAUUUUGGCUUGGCAAUUCAUCGAAUGCAAUAUUUACUUUGGGAAGUAUUUAUGCUUGUCUUUGUGCAUGGUGGUUACGUACAUGGAAAUUGAUUGAAAUUUCUGGUCUAAUUCCGGCAAUGUUUCUAUUACCAUAUCCAUUCAUAUUACCAGAAUCAUUACGUUGGGAAUUUACCGUUGGUAAACCAUCACAUGCAUUAUAUCAUAUUGAUAAAGCUGCACGAAAAAAUGGUGUGAAAAUAGCCAAUGAAACGAUUGAGUCAUUUUUGGUUCAAACUAAAAGACUAACAAAAUCGGAUAAACCAAAAGUUUCAAUCAAAGAUCUAUUCACAAAUAAAUCGAUACGAUUAUAUACGAUAAUUUUCCUUUAUAUUUGGUUCACAAAUGCAUUAGGAUAUUAUGGAUUUUCAUUUCUUUCGGCCGAUUUAAAUGAAAAUAUUUUCAUUUCAAUGACAUUAUUGAUGAUUGUCGAAGUACCAGGCGUACUAUUAACAUCAUAUGUUGGUGGAUUUUCACGUAAAUACGUACUGAUGAUUAUUAUGAUGAUGGGCGGUGGUUUUUGUGUCGUUUGUUCAUUUAUGGCCACCAGUGAUUGGAAAAUGUUUUUUGCAAUUCUCGGAAAAAUGAGUCUAGCCGGAUCAUUUUCAUUGGUUUUCGUAUAUUCAGCUGAAAUAUUUCCCACUAUAAUUCGUAUUACUGGACUUGGUGUUUGUUCAUUUGCAUCACGUCUUGGAGCGAUGAGUGCACCACAUCUUGUUGAAUUGCAUUUAUUAGGAGAUUCAUUACCUUUCUUGGCGAUCGGUAUACUGACACUUAUAGCCGGUUCAUUAAGCAUUCUUAUGCCUGAAACAAAAGAUAAAAACUUACCUGAUUCAUUGGAAAAUGCAUAAAAAUCUUCGAAUCGAAUUCUUAAAUUUCAAAAUUUUUUUUAUACAAUGAAAGUCGUUGUCUUGAUGUACUUGCAUCAUGUUAA